CCUGGACAUCGGACGAACAGCCUGCAAAGAAGUAUCAGCAGCUGCUUACAACCAGCAGCGUGCCUCGAGUUGUCAUUUUGAAUCCCCGACAUGUCCCAUCCGCUCCUCGAGAAGGUCCGAGCGGCCCAGCAGGGGAACCCGCUCAUCUACGGUCUCGCGUUCGGCAUCCUCCUCGCAGUCGUGUUGAACAUCAUGCCUCUUCUCAACGCCCGUGCCAAGAAGAGGUGGAUGCCAGAACGAAAGAAUGUGCUUAUAACAGGAGGGUCGCAGGGACUCGGCUUAGCCCUCGCUGAGCUUCUUGCGUCCAAGGGUGCAAAUGUCACGAUCGUCGCUCGAAACGUAGACAAACUGGAGCAAGCGCUUGAGAAGAUCAAGAAAGCGUCUGCCUCGCCGAAGACUCAAUCGCAUGCGUACAUAUCCGCCGACGUGUCCACAUUUAACGGCGCAAAACAAGCUGUGAAAAAAUGCAGCCAGGUUCCGGACACGCUAUUCUGCUGUGCGGGCGGUGCGAAGCCGGGGCACUUCCUCGAGCAGGAGGAGCAAGAUUUCGAGAUGGGCCUCAAGAUGGACUACUGGACUGCGCUUGCUUCGACCCACGCUACUGCACGCGCCAUGAGAGAAGCAGGCGUGGAAGGUAAGAUCGUUCUCGUCUCUUCACUCGUAGGGCUCUUUGGGCUUGUCGGCUAUUCGCAGUAUGCGCCGAUGAAGUACGCCAUCCGUGGCCUCGCAGAGACGCUGCGCUCCGAAUUCCUACUGUACAACAUCACUGUGCACUGUUACUUCCCCGCGACGAUCCUCAGCCCCGGAUUCGAGACGGAGCAGCUCACCAAGCCGCAUGUGCUGAAGGAGAUUGAGAAGAGCGAUGUGCCGCAGACGCCGGCGGUGUGCGCGGCGCGCCUGCUGCAGGGUGUGCAGAAGGGUCACUUCUUCAUCACGAGCGAUUGGCAGACGGACCUAUUCAGAGCCGCGACGGGUGGAGUCGCGCCGGGGAACGGGUGUUUUAUGGAUUUUUGCAAGAGCAGGCUCGGUAGGAUUGCUCUGCCAAUAUGGCGCAUAUUCGAAGCGGAUGCAAUAGUCAAGAAGCACCGAACAGAGGCACCAACGAGCACGCCAGGGGCAUCGUCGAGCUGAUACCCUUCCUCCCUGCAGGCAACAUAAGUUUCGAGAAGGGCCUGAGUAGAAAUACAUGUGGGAUUAGGGUAUCAUGUCGGUGCUGGUCGAAAGCUUCCAUGCCAGGUGCUCUGCUGAAAAUAUGGUGGUUGUCUGCGCUACCUUGCGCCCAAAUCCUCGCGAGACCCCU